CAAGGUGACACACCUAUUACUCGGAGUUGUCAGAUGAACAGCAUUGUCAUAUUUUCUGAAAUACUCAGAACACGAUCAGCUCAUGUUCAGCAUUUCCUUUGGAAAAUUUGUCACUUGUACUGGAUCGGAUCACUGAACUGUUCUGUUGGUACACACCUUGGGCUUCCAGUGCCUCAUAUGCCUCCCAAGAUUUGACCACUGCUGCUCAGAUGGGGUGCAGGUGCUGUAGAAUGAUAAAAAGGUACAUCUUUGGACCAGCUAUUGUAGAACUACCAUCCACUGUGAGAAAUGAAAUCAAUGGUAAAAACAACGACAUUAAGCAUGAGGCUACAUUUCACAACAAAAAGGACAAAACCAACAAUAUUGUUGCUUCAACUUUGGACAAAGUAAUAAACCUGGAAGAACAAGAUACAGAAAUAGAAAUAAGGGAAAGUAAUGCAUUGAAGAAAAAUAUUGUAUCUGUCCAAAAUAAGAUAGCUGAAGAUGUUAAAGACAACACUAAUAAUGAUGCAACAAACAUGCUGAAUAAUAACCAAGUACAUCAAGUGUCAAUUGGAGCUGCUGCACACCCCACUGAUACAAAUAAUUGCUCCUUGUACAAUAUAAAAGCUAUGAAUAAAAAUGAACAGGUACCUCACCAUGGCUCAGGAACUGAAAAUGAUUGUCCAACAAUCAAUGGACUCUCUACACAUUGUCCCACAGAAGUUAGCGCUGUUGCUCUGGAAGAAGAGAAAGUAGCAGACAAUCAUGAAAUUGCCAACAUGAAUAAUGAUAAAUUGUCACCCAGGGAAAACGAAGUGUACCAAAACAAUGUGAAAACUGACCCUGAAGAAAUCAAAGCUUUAUCCAACCCAUCUUCUAAUCAAAAUCCAAAUGUCUUAAAUGGACACAAAGAUCUAGAAGGCACUCCUUCUGCCAUUGAUGGUAAAUUCAGCAGGAGUUUGCUUGAAGAGAAAUUCAGGCUGGAGUUUCAGGAUGCAGAGGUGGCAGCUGCCCUUGCAGCACUGGAGGCUGCGACUGCUGGGGAAGAUGAUGAGCUGGAGGACUGAGUCAUCUGUGUCAUUGAACCAGAGUGGACCUGAUGACUGUAACAUAAAGUUGGGUUUCAAAUGACAGUGCAAGGCACUUCAAGAUCCUGAAGAGUCUGAUUGAUAUAUUAGAAAGUUAUUUUUUUUAAUACACAGAAGUAUUCAAAAAGAUAGACAGAUAAUCCUUGGGUCUGCAGUUGUAGCAUAAAUGUGGGAGAACAAGGAUCUUGCAGCAUGACUGGUUCAGUUGGAGUAUCUGUGAAUGAGAUCUUGGACACUUAUAUUGGGUACUCUCACUAAUUCAGUUACAGUUUAGGUUCCUAUUAGGGAGCAAAGCAUUCAAAAGAUGAUGCAACAGAAGUUACACGGGGAACGCUGGCAGUAUCCUCCUCAAAAUUGUAGGGUAGAAUGACUGGCUCCUUUAUUUAUUCACAGGAAUUGAGCAUUGUUGGCAAGGGCAUUUUUUUUAGAGGGUAUUGGUGAAUGGCCCUUUUGAAAUGAUGCAGUCCAAGUAAUGAUGGUACUUCCACAGUGGUGUUGCAUAGGGAGUUCCUGACAGAAAAAUUACCUGUUAAAUUGUUUUGUCUUCUUUGAUUGAAUUAGAUAUGAUACACUAUACUGAUGUUUUCCCAUAAGGAUAUUGAUUAUAUGAAAAGAUUGUGUGUGUUUUAAUGCAGUAGAAAUGAGAACAUAGGGUCUUACCGCUUAUAUCAGGUAUGCAUUUCUUUGGUAUGUGCAAAGAUCUUUGUUCCAUUAUUAGAUGUAAAACAACUUCAUUCAAAGUCAAACAAAUUUAAUAAAUAUUGUAUCUUAAUUCACUGAGCUAGAGAAAGGUCUGAAAUCCAAUAGCAUGUGAUAGGUUGGUCCACAACAGCAAUCAUAGAAUGAAAAAUUAAAAUUUGCACUGCAUCCUAUAGUAAAAAUACAUGUGACUGGAAUAUUAAUCAAAGCAAAUGAGGAAUGUAACAAAGUAAUUUCACAGCUUGAUAAGAAGCAAACUAAUGUGUAGGUCUAGAUAUUUCUGUCUGAAAAUAGAUGGAACAUUUAAACAGGGACUUUAGAAGUGAUAUCAUUGCAGGACAAUUAAGUCAUAUGUUUGGCUUUUACAAGUUCUAAGCUGCAAGUGAUGUGGACUGUCUUAUUGAAACUGCCACAAAUGAUUAUUUAAUUUACCAGAAGCCAUGAAAAGUUUUGUAUAUACUGCAAUAUAUGUGUUACAUAUUUAUCAGUUGUGAAUGAAAACUCAUUAUUCUCACAGGAAAUGGCAAUCAGCAUUCUGAACUAGAAGUUCGGGAGAGUUCAGCUGAGAAUUUUAUACAAUAUAUGGAUAUUCAAUAUAUUUUAAAUAGCAGUUUGAAAUAUGUAAUUUUUUCUACAACUAAUAUUUUAUGUGAUGUUCAUAAUGCAGCAUGCUUGGGUUUGUUAACAAGUAUCAGCAAAGAAAAUAAAUUAAUCACUUUUACACUUAAAA